AGCAAAAAAAUGGUUAAUCUAAAUCUUUGUCUUCUAACUUUUUUUCUCUCCUUGUGUACAUUCACUGCAUUUGCAGAUGACCUAGUUGCUGUCAACUAUUACGCUGAGUCCCUCUGUCCUGACUGCCUUGCAUUUUCCAAGGGACCAAUGAAUGUUGCCAUUGACAAGGUUGGCUCAAUAUUUACUCUAACAUAUGUUCCUAGUGGUAAUGCUAAGCUUCAGUCUGACGGUACUCUUAAAUGUCAACAUGGUCCUAUGGAGUGUCUUAUUAACAAGGUUGAUGCUUGUCUCCUUCAUUAUUAUCCAGAUAGGUAUGGAUGGAUG